CUUGGGCCAGUAGAGCCAUCUUAUAAACACGGUCUCUGGAGAGAGGGGUUGGAGGAAAUUUAACACAGGAUAAACUAGAUAAGCCUACUCCAUUCUACUUCCCCUUUAAUGAAUUGAUUUUCCUUCACAAAGAAAUCUUGAUUAUCUUCUUCUCAAUCGCCAUUAAUGGCGUCCAAGGUUCUUCCACAGGCACUUAUUACAAUUCCUUCAAAUCAUGUAAUUCAAUGUCCGGCAUUGAAGAAGCAGCUAGGGUUUAAGAUUGAUUCAUUCCGUAGAUUAUCUCUAUCCGAUUCCAGAAGUAAACGUUUGAUAUCUAGAGCUUCUUCUAACCUAUUUAGCUCCAAUUUCAGCGCAAUUUUCAACAUUCCUCAGAGAAAUUCGUUCGUUGUGAGAUCGGAAGCUGAGGAUAGUUCUGAGGCUUCAGCUGAAUCUAGUGGAAGUGAAGCAGCAGCUGAGGAGGAAUUGUUGGAAGAUUCUGAAGCUGAAGCCAAUGCCGAGCCUGAGUCUAAGCCGCAGAGGCAGCCUAGGGUUAAGUUAGGAGAUAUAAUGGGGAUAUUAAACAAGAGAGCAGUUGAAGCUUCUGAGGAGCAGCGUGCAGUUCCUGAUAUCAGGACAGGAGACAUUGUGCAAAUCAGAUUGGAAGUGCCAGAAAACAAGCGCAGGCUAUCUGUUUACAAAGGUAUCGUGAUAUCCAGGCAGAAUGCUGGUGUUCACACCACCAUAAGGAUCCGAAGGAUCAUCGCUGGAGUAGGCGUCGAGAUUGUGUUCCCCCUGUACUCACCAAACAUCAAGGAAAUAAAGGUGGUUGAUCACAGGAAGGUCAGGAAGGCAAGGUUAUACUACCUAAGAGACAAACUUCCCAGACUCUCGACGUUCAAGUGAGAACGUAAAAUUCACUGAACCUCUUAUCAUCUUUGAAGCUUACUUUCAUGCUUGUUUAUGGUAAACAUAUUGAAAAAAAUCCUUUUUGAAGAUUUAUGUUCUUUAAGAGAAUCUUUUAAUUGUAAUUUUCUUUAGAGAGUAGAUCAAAAUGUUCAUUGUUUAUAUCUUUGAUGAAUUCAUCCACACAAUACUUUGUUUGACUAAGAUUAAAACGAACAUCAAGAUUCAAGCAA